AUGGAAGUGGUCAAAUGGUCCAAUUAUUUAUACGGUGGAAACGGCAAUCUGGCUGAGAAGAUACUGUGGCGGUUGUCACAGCACUCGGAGGAUUUAGAGGAGGAAGUCCUGCGAAGGACCACGAAUCUUCUGGACGAACGCGCCAAAUGCGACGCUAUCUUGGCUCGCUUUCUUCCAUCCUCGGUGGUUCGCCAGCUGCGCAGCGGCAGCAAUGUGAUACCCGAGAUGUUCGAGCUGGUGACGCUCAUGUUCACGGAUAUGCCGGAUUUCGGGGCCUACGUCGCUCGUCAUCCACCGCUGCGGGCCACCACGGUGUUGGCCGAGCUGGAUAUGCUGUUCCACGCGUUGCUGUCGCAGUACGCUGUGUACCGCGUGGAGAACAUUUCCGAUUCCUAUAUGAUCGCUAGCGGUGUUCCGGUGGCCAAUGGUACCCAGAAUGUGCUGGAGAUCUGCAGCUUGGCGCAGGCAGUGAUGCGCCGCGCACCGGAAAAGUUGUCGGUGUAUCAAGAGCUCCCGAUCAAAGUCGGCAUACAUUCCGGUCCGUUGGCUGCCGGAGUUAUUGGGACAAAGAAACCGAAAUACUGUCUGUUCGGCAACACGGUCAACAUUGCCUCACGCAUGUGCAGCCACGGAAUCAGCGGGAGAAUACAAUUAAGCGACAGUACGGCCGACGUGGCGCGGACGGUUUAUCCGCAGUUAAUGCUCGAGGAACGCGGAUGGAUCGCUGUCAAGGGCGCUGGCGAGAUGCAGACUUUCUGGCUGCAGUUUUAA